CCAUCCUUUUCUCGCGAAAGAAGCUUGUGCGCAUGCGUCCCGUCGCGAGACUCAUAAUUGUUUGCAGCGGGAUUCUAUCGCGUGAGGAUUUUUGCUGUCUACUUUUCAGACGGGAUGAGUUUCCUUCUGCCCAGAUUAACCAGCAAAAGGGAGGUGGAUGAGGUGAUCAAGAGUGUGGCAGAGAAAGUCCUGGUACUUCGCUUUGGCAGAGAUGAAGAUCUUGUUUGCAUGCAGCUGGAUGAUAUUCUUGCAAAAACAUCUCAUGAUUUAAGUAAAAUGGCUGCAAUUUACUUGGUGGAUGUAAACAAGGUCCCAGUGUAUACUCAAUAUUUUGACAUCAGUUAUAUUCCAUCAACAGUCUUCUUUUUCAAUGGGCAGCAUAUGAAAGUGGAUUAUGGUUCUCCAGAUCACACUAAGUUUGUGGGAAGUUUCAAAACAAAACAAGACUUCAUAGAUUUGAUUGAGGUGAUUUAUCGUGGAGCAAUGCGUGGAAAACUAAUUGUACGAAGCCCAAUUGAUCCAAAGGAUAUUCCCAAGUAUGACCUUCUCUAUCAAGAUAUUUAAUGGCCUCGUAGGAGAAGAGUGAAAGUUGGAAUGUGAACUGCCUAAAACUGAUGGUUCUAAGUCUUCUUCAAAAGUUUAAUUAUAUUCUGAAAACAAAAGAAAGGAACUGAGAGUUUGUCUUCAUCUUCAGGAUCAUAUUGGACAACCUCCAAGACAGAGAUUGUUAGCAAUUCAUUUUUUAGAGGAGUUGACUGGAAUUGCUUAGGCUGCAACUUAUUUAACUGUAAGCUCUCAAAGAAAUUGCUGUAGAGUGAGCAAAUCCUUGUUCAAAAUAAAUGCAUUUGGGAGGUA